AUUUAGUUGGUUCAGGUGAACUACCAAAUCCAAACAAUACGCAGAUUAGAGCAAUUAUAUACCGGAAUAAACCGGAUUUAUCAAAAUCGCCAAGCUGGGAUACGAAAUCACGCUUUUUUUCUUCGAUUUCUCCGCUCUUCUCCACUCUUCUUCUCUGUUCUAUCUAUCACCAUUUUUGUUUAUAUAUGCAUACAUAAUAACAGUUGUCACGAUUGAUUUCCUCUCUCUGGUUUUCUCGGAAAAAUGUCUGCGAUACUACUCCAAGGAGCUGGAGCUGGAGCUGCAACGGCUCUCUCGCCGUUUAACUCUAUUGAUCCCAGCAAACUCGUAGUUCCUUCUCGCUCAUCUCUUUCAGUGAGGAGCAAGAGAUACGUUGUUGCCGGAUCUGAUAGUAAAAGCUUUGGUUCUAGCCUCAUAGUUCGUCGCUCUGAGCCGUUGAUACCAAAUGCUGUUGCGGCGAAGGCGGACACUGCUGCGAGCUCUACUUCAUCAAAGCCUGGACAUGAGCUAUUGCUUUUCGAGGCUCUUCAAGAAGGUCUAGAAGAAGAGAUGGACAGAGAUCCACAUGUAUGUGUCAUGGGUGAAGACGUAGGCCAUUACGGAGGCUCAUACAAAGUAACCAAAGGGCUAGCUGAUAAGUUCGGCGAUCUCAGGGUUCUGGACACUCCAAUCUGUGAAAACGCCUUCACCGGUAUGGGCAUUGGAGCCGCCAUGACAGGACUAAGACCCGUCAUCGAAGGUAUGAACAUGGGCUUUCUACUCUUAGCCUUCAACCAGAUAUCCAACAACUGUGGUAUGCUUCACUACACAUCCGGUGGUCAAUUCACUAUCCCGGUUGUAAUCCGUGGGCCUGGAGGUGUGGGCCGGCAGCUAGGAGCCGAGCAUUCCCAGCGUCUCGAGUCUUACUUCCAGUCAAUUCCUGGGAUCCAGAUGGUGGCUUGCUCAACACCUUACAACGCUAAAGGAUUGAUGAAAGCAGCGAUAAGAAGCGAGAAUCCUGUGAUUCUGUUUGAACAUGUUCUACUCUAUAACCUCAAGGAGACUAUUCCGGAUGAAGAAUACAUCUGUAAUCUGGAAGAAGCGGAAAUGGUCAGACCCGGUGAACACAUCACGAUACUGACGUAUUCAAGGAUGAGGUACCAUGUAAUGCAGGCUGCAAAGACGCUGGUGAACAAAGGGUAUGAUCCAGAGGUUAUCGACAUUAGGUCGUUGAAGCCGUUCGAUCUCUACACCAUUGGAAACUCAGUGAAGAAGACGCACCGGGUUUUGAUUGUGGAGGAAUGUAUGAGAACGGGAGGAAUCGGAGCCAGCUUGACGGCUGCAAUAAACGAGAACUUUCAUGAUUAUUUAGAUGCUCCGGUGAUGUGUUUGUCUUCUCAAGAUGUUCCAACUCCUUAUGCCGGCACAUUGGAGGAAUGGACGGUUGUUCAGCCAGCUCAGAUUGUCACUGCCGUCGAACAACUCUGCCAGUAAUUUAUUUUUACCCUUUUAACGUUUUACUAUUGUUUUUCUUUGUUUGUCUUGGAUGGAAAGUGGUUGUGAAAUGAAACUCUGAAUUUUUUCUGUUUGAAUAUUUUAAGUUUUCUAUAGAUAAUUUCCAUAUUCACAUA